GAAGAGUUCAAUCUGCCCCCAGAGAGACUGCCGCCUGACUGCUACUUGAAAACGUUGUGUGUUGGGAAAGGAACGUCUAUUUGGAAAUAUGUCACCAAUCACGUUUUCCAACAAAGAACUGUGAAGAUCAAGCGAGGCAAUCUUCAGUGGUAUCCUUUUCCCUCUGAGUAACAUAUUGAGUCUGAACUCACUUUAGUAACCAGGUAACUUGAUUUUUGUGUUGUGAGAGUAAAACUAUCUAAAUUGACAUGUUUUUAAAAUUUGAUAUACUUAAAUUUCAAUUUACACUCUGCUGUAUACAGUAUUUUGGCACGCCACACUUGCAGGCAUGCAAAGAGAGACGCCCGCACAGCUAUGUUGAGCCUGGGGAGGAUUCACUGCCUUGCUCAAGGGCACUUCGGCAGUAGUCAGCAAGCAAACUAGCCUCUCUCCAACAACUAAUAGCAAUUUAUUUUUUGUCCACUGCGGGACUGAAACACUCAGCCUCUGGUCAAGUAACCACCCGCUCACAGUCCUGUUGUUAUACACCAAAUAAGCCAUGCUUUGUUGUUGUGUGAUGGAGUCAAAGCUACUACUACUACUGUAUAUGUCAUUUUAUUUUCAGUUCUCCAAUCGCUUCCCAAUGAAUUCCAACAUUAUGUAUAUACUAUUAAUGUUCAGUUUUUUUCUUUGACAAUGUCUAAAAGGUACAAAGUGCUUCAAGACAAAGAGGCGAAGCAGCGUGAGGGCCAGAGGGUGACUGCAAAGCAGAGUGAGCUUCAGAAGAAGAUAGAGCAACUCAAGAAUGAGAUCGGUCACCUGGACUCAGAGAUCAGAGCAACUGAGGAACAGCUGGCCACUCAAGUCUAUCAGUUCUACCUGGGCUCAGGUGGAGGACAGUCAGGGCAGGAAUUUGCUUCUCCAGGCCUUCAAGCAGCGCUGCGUGUCAGGUCGCAAGAUGCUGUCGAGUGACACUCAGAAGAUCAGUGGCUACUGCCGGGCUCUGGAGCAGAUGGCAAGGAAAGCAGAGGUUGAGGUGCUGUUAGAAAAUCCGCUUUCCAGCAACUGUGACAUUGAAACACUCCUCUUCAAGUCUCCAGUGGAGGCACAAGUCAUGCGUCAAGUGAGACUGCUGUGUAAUGAUAGGGUCCAUUUUUAUCAGUCUUUACAAGAGAGUGAAUUGAAGACUGCAGAGUGUGGACGUAUGACUGGUGGGCAGAGGACUGCUGUGUUUCAGUACUGGUUAAGUGCUGUGGAGAACCUGGUGGAUGCUCACCCUCCAAACCACAUCCUUUCUGCACUGCAACAUUUGGCUUCCAAAGAGCAGAAGGCAUUGGAUGCGAAUGUGUCCUCUCUGGAUGUACCUCAUGAUGUGAAAGGUCUUAGGUUCCGUUAUGAAAACAAUCAUCUCCUGGACAUCUCGAAAGAAGAGGAUGAUGACUUGCCAUCUGUUAAUACCCUCUUACAGGCUAAAUGGCGAGAAGUGGAGGAGAGUUUUGUUGAAUUAUCGCAGACUCGCUCCAGAGUCCAACAACUCCAGAACCAGCUGGUGGCUUGCAGGAAGCAGGCUGAACAGAAGGUGUCUGGCUUUGUCGAUGACCUCCACAAUGACACAUUGGCACAGUCAAUUUUGGAACUGGAGCUUCAGUGUGUGAUGAAGGCUGCAGCCAGAGACUAUAUUAAAGAAUGGUGUAUCCAGCGUGACCAGCAUGCCAGAAGCCAGCAGGAGGCACUCCGGAACAUUUGCAGCCAGUGGCAGAACGUUAUGGACUUCAGACAACUAGUGGUCCUCAGACAGGAACAGAUUAGAAGUCUGAUUAAGGGGAAUUCAUCAGCUAAAACUGAAUUGAUCCACAUGCACAAAGAGCUACAGGACUUUCUGGGGGGCAAACUAGUGCCACAGUGCAAAGAUGUCAGCACUGCUGCCAUUAGUAUAAGAAACUCCAUCUCCAAGGAGGUUAAACAGAUGGGCACCAUUUCGCUUCGAGCUCUGGACCGGAGAACUGUUGAUGGAAUGCAGAGAAUUCCCGCAUCAUGGCUGUCCAUCCAUCGCUUGCAUUCGUCAACCUUCAGCAGCCUGUGUCAGAACAUGGUGUUCCCACUCUACAGGGCUCCAGAGGAGUUGUGCGCCCAAGCGUGCUGCGACCACCUCGAGUGGCGUUUUCUCGUUCAGUUACUACAACUUAACUCUACCACUCUUCGGAAAUCCAAGGAGUGGGCGGCACGGCUUCUUGCAUCUGAUCACAAUGCCUUGCUGUCCAGAGUCGAAGAAGAAGAUAAGAAAUUGUUGAAGUCUCUGGUUCCAAGGGCCAGAAUUCUCACCCAAAAAUGUGCAGAAAGCCUUUCUAAUGGAGAGAAAGUCCAAACAGCCAUCUCUGACUGGUGGGAUCAGCCAGCACAGCAUGUCCUACCUGAUGUCUGCAAAGGAGGACUGACUUUUCAGCAGUGGUUAGAGAGGUGGAAACUAGCUGCCAAAGCCUAAGUGAAAGGAGAAUAGUUUACUAAAGUAGCAAAACUGUCUUGCUGUAUUGGUUAUGAAAAUGCACGAGGUAAUGGUAAUUCUCACAUUAUUCAUUAUUGUUCAGUUCCUGUUUUACUCUGUUAUGUUGUGCUAAUAAAUACACAUUUGUCA